AUGUUGCAUACAAGUGUGCAUCCGAGGUACAGAUUCAUCUUGUGGCUUGCAGUGCAGAAGAGGCUAGCCACAGUGGAUAGAUUGCUGAAGCUUGGUAUUACUGUGCCAACAGACUGUAUAUUCUGUAGGCAUAGUAUAGAGACAUUCAACCACCUAUUUUUUGAGUGUCCAAUAGCAAAGAGUUUGUGGACUAAACUGUGCCUAUGGCUGGGACAUAAAAGAAAUAUAGGAGACUGGGAAUUUGAAUUGAAAUGGAUCAGCAAGAAGGCAAAAAGCAGGGCAGGUAUCAAUGGCAUCAUAUGUUGUGUUUUUGCCAUGACAGUUGCACUGAUAUUGAGAGAAAGGAACAAAGGCAGAUUUGAGGAUAGCAAAUAUGAUGAACACCAAAUUUGCAAGGAAAUAGUGUUGCAUAUACAUGUUCGAGGAAAGCAUAACAGAAAAUGGAGAGAGUUGCUGCAAAAACUGCACUGGAUUCCAUGA